AUAUCUACGAACAUAUCUCUUUGACGGAAGUUGUUAUUGGUGUUCUCUUUAUGUGUGUGUGUUGAAUUUUGCACGUGUGGUUCGAAUACGUUAAGGUUUAGAAGCUUGAAGGGAAAAUGUCUUUAGUUAUCCCAGAAAAAUUUCAACACAUUCUUCGUGUUAUGGGCACGAAUAUUGAUGGCAAAAGGAAGGUUAUGUUCGCAAUGACAGCAAUCAAAGGUGUCGGUAGACGUUACGCCAAUAUUGUUUUGAAGAAAGCAGACAUCGACUUGGAUAAAAGGGCAGGAGAAUGUACUGAGGAAGAGGUGGAGAAAAUUGUCACCAUCAUGUCCAACCCACGUCAGUACAAGAUCCCGGACUGGUUUCUCAACAGGCAGAAGGAUAUAGUUGAUGGAAAAUACAGCCAGCUGACCUCCAGCUACCUGGACAGCAAGCUGCGUGAGGACCUGGAGAGGCUGAAGAAGAUCAGGGCCCACCGCGGCAUGCGGCACUACUGGGGCUUGCGAGUGCGUGGACAGCACACAAAGACGACUGGUCGCAGAGGAAGAACUGUUGGUGUGUCCAAGAAGAAGUAAUCUGUCGUUUUUUGAGAACCUUCAUGAUGUGAAAAAUUUAUAUACAUAACUUUUUAAAAUGAUGGAAUAAAAAUUAAUAAAAGUAA